CAGUCGCUACCGCAGUGAAGAUGGCGGAAGCUCCUGUGCGGCCCUGCCGGUUCUUCUGUCACCGCUGCUCGGAAGAGAUCAGCCCGCGCCUCCCGGAUUACAUCUGUCCGCGGUGUGAGUCUGGAUUCAUUGAGGAGUUAACUGAGGAGGGCAGAGCUGAGAACGGGUCCACAUCUACAGCCUCUAAUGAUCAGAACCGUCCCCCAUUUGAGAAUGUAGACCAGCACUUGUUUACAUUCCCGCAUGGUUACGGGCAGUUCGCUCUGGGGAUUUUCGACGAGGGCUUUGACUUCAGGGCGGGUUUGCCUUCGGAGGAUAACCGUGAUGCAGAGAACCGCAGAGAACGGGAGAUGGCCUCGCGGCAACGGUACGGUGCAAGACAGCCGCGAGGACGCCACAUUCCCCGAAGACAAGGGGCACGGCAUGAGGGCGUGCCAACCUUAGAAGGAAUAAUACAGCAGUUAGUUAACGGAAUCAUCGCUCCGACAGCUAUGCCAAGCAUGGGAAUAGGGCCAUGGGGAGUGCUGCACUCAAACCCAAUGGACUAUGCAUGGGGUGCUAAUGGAUUAGACGCCAUCAUAACACAGUUAUUAAAUCAGUUUGAAAAUACGGGUCCCCCUCCAGCAGACAAAGAGAAGAUCAAGAGUCUCCCAACUGUCCAGAUCACAGAUGAGCACGUGGGUGCCGGUCUGGAGUGCCCUGUUUGUAAAGAAGACUACAGCGCCGGAGAAAAUGUUAGACAGCUUCCCUGCAAUCAUCUCUUUCAUAACGACUGUAUAGUUCCAUGGCUUGAGCAGCAUGACACGUGUCCAGUGUGCAGGAAGAGUCUGAGCGGGCAGAACACAGCCACGGAUCCGCCCGGCCUAUCAGGGAUGAAUUUCUCCCCCUCUUCCUCAUCCUCUUCCUCCUCCAACUCUCCAAGCAACGAGAACGCCACCAACAACUCGUAAGACCUCAGCGCACAUCCAGAACACAUGAACAUAUCAUCUCAGCUCGACAGAGCUCCCUGGCCAACAAACCACACCUUUUACCUUCCAUUGAUAAUGCAGCCAUGCGGCACUGAACUGAAAACGUGUGGAACCAGGGUUGGAGAUAAACCUCUCAGCCCGAAACAUGCAUUUUACAAGCCCUGAAACGGACAAGCAAAACCCAGAAGAGAAAAUGUACUCUUUUGUUCCUUCAGUAUUUUGUUUCUUUUUUCUUUUUUUUUUUUAAACCGAUGAACUCAAGAACGAUCAUUCCUCCAGAAUUCAGCGCACACAGCGGGCGGGCGGUAGCACCUGUCCGUGUGACGUGGUUAUAAUCAGCAGAACGCACAAAAAAAUGCUGAGAAAAAGAGAGAGAUGAAGGCAAAGUGGAAGAGGAGGUCGUACGAUGCUGAACAGCAAGAUGAUAGUGCCGGAGUUGAACAGCAUUUUAGAAGCAGACUUUGUGUCUCUAAGAAGAGGGACGUGUUCAAAUAAAUCCUUGCUUUUUAACCAUUUGAUUUUUAUUUUAAAGAUAAAAGAGGAUAGUGUGUACCUGCGUUAGGGUGAAUCUCACGCAAAACUGGCAAGAACGAGCCCAGGUCAGAUUUCACCCCAAAAGUCAAAAGAUAGAAAUGCAAAAUUAUCUUUUGCUAAUCAAAAAUGAUGUCUACUUUAAGACCGUUAAGAUUAUUUUCAUGACAAUUAAGUACAUUUACACAAAUGUACUAAUUCCAUUAAGGUAAAAAAAUCUUGUACAUUUAAUGUUAUUAAUGAUCAUUUUGAAAUUGAAAAUAUAUAUACUUCAUGGUAGUAUAGUACUGGCAUUCAUUUAUUCUGUUUUAAAUAAACAUUUGUAUUACAGUUAUUCCACUGUAAUGUGCGAAGUUGACAAAGAAUAAUGCUGUAAGCGUAAUUUGGUUUAUGCAAAUACAAUUUCUUAACUUUGAUGUUGGUGAAAUGUGACCUGGAGAGGAUUUCGUGAGAUUCACUUAUAUAGUCAUAUUUAUUAAAAAGCAGAAAACCUUGUAAAAAGCCAACUGAUCGAAUAAUAUCCAACUGAAGAAAACACUGAGUGUAGGUUACUUCACCCAAUAUUUAUUUGCCCUGUAAGUAAUUAGCAAAGGUAAUGAGACCAUUGAACAAACAGAAAUGUGUGAAUGUCUCUGACAGCAUUUGAUGUGAAUUCCUAAAUUUAGUAUCAUCCUUACAACUCAUAACGAAAAUAUUGUUUUCGUUUUCCACCCUGCAUUUUUGGAUUUCUUUCCAAACACCACCCUGUAACAUAAAAUCACUCUUCUUAUUUUUUUUCUCUCCGUAUAUCUCUCUUGACACACAGUUGUCUUAUCUCACAUGCCUACACAUAUUCAAUGACUUUCAGUUCAAGGCAACGUUUUUUUUUAACUUAUUUUAAGUUUAAUGAUUUGUUUUUGUAAAUCCUAAUAAAAUGAGAAGAAUGUACC